GACAGCACCGGAUUUGUUCUUCAAUCUAUUAUUUUUUUGUGUUCGACAGGCCUAGGUGUGACGGGCUGUUGAUCGUUCAUUCUUCUGAUUUUUGGACAGUGAGGGAUUGUCAUUUCGAGUUUGCUGCCGUCUGACUAAACUGCGGAGGAGGGGAUUUUUUUUCUUCUCUUGAAGUACCGCUUCUGAAUUUACGAUUUCUUUUUCUUUCUUUUUUCCCUUAACGGCUUGAGUCACGAUGUCUAUGAUUACCACUUCCGCUUGGGUGCGGCGCGGAGUCGCUGCCCAGUUUCCGACUAAAUAUGAGAUCAAUGAGGAGGAGAUGGAUCGCAUAUCGAAGAUGGCGAGGAUGCAGCUUGAGGAUGCGCAGGGGGAUUUGAAGGCCGCUCAGGAUGAGGCUAUGGAGGAGGAUGGUGAUGAUAAGAAGGAGGGUGGGGAUGAUGCUAUGGAGGAUGAUGAGAAGGAUGAGAAGAAGAAGGAUGGGGCUACGGAUGAUGACGACCUGAAGGAAUACGAUCUGGAUCACUAUGACAGCGACGAGGUCGAUGAGGACGGCGAAAAGAUCACCAUGUUCGGCAAUGUCAAGUCGCUUGCUUAUCAUCAGCCUAACGAGGAGGACCCGUACCUGGUUAUGCCGCCGGAGGAGGAGGAUGAGGAGAGAGAGGAGUUGCAGAUCAUGCCCACGGAUAACUUGCUGCUGGCGGGUAAGGUGGAGGAUGAGGUUGCUCAUCUGGAGGUUUAUGUCUACGAGGAUGCGGCCGACAAUCUCUAUGUGCACCACGAUAUCAUGCUGCCGGGAAUUCCCUUGGCGCUGGAGUGGUUGGAUAUCCCCGUUGGCAAGGCCGCCGAGGGUCGCACUACUGGCAACUUUGUCGCUGUCGGAACUAUGGAGCCCGAUAUUGAGAUCUGGGACCUCGACGUCGUUGACUGCAUGUACCCCAAUGCUAUUCUGGGUCAGGGUGGCGCUGAUGCGGAGAACGGCCCGAAGAAGUCCAAGAAGAAGAAGGUCAAGGCCAACGAUGAAUACCACAUUGAUUCGAUCCUCGCACUGGCCGCUAACCGGCAGCACCGCAACCUGCUGGCCUCCGGUUCUGCCGAUCGCACGGUGAAGCUCUGGGAUCUCCAGACUACCAAGUGCGCCAAGUCUUACUCUCACCAUACCGACAAGGUGUGUGCGCUGGAGUGGCACCCCACGGAAUCGACCGUCCUGCUGAGCGGUAGUUACGACCGGACUGUGGUGGCGGCUGACAUGAGAGCCCCCGACUCCAAGGCCCGCUGGGGUGUGGAUGCGGAUGUCGAGAACGUGCGCUGGGACGUGCACGACCCUAACUUCUUCUACGUGACCACCGACGCCGGUAUGGUCUACCGCUACGAUAUCCGUAAUGUCCCUGCAUCGCCCAAGCAGUCCAAGCCCGUGUGGUCUCUGCAGGCUCACGACUCGUCGGUGUCGUCGUUCGAUAUCAACUCGGUCGUCCCUGGCUUCCUGGUGACCGGAUCGACGGACAAGUCCGUGAAGCUGUGGAACGUCGAGAACAACAAGCCUAGCAUGGUUGUCUCCCGCAAGAUGGAGGUCGGCAAGAUCUUCUCGACCACCUUUGCCCCGGAUGCCGAUCAAGGGCGUGGUCCAGAUCUGGAUACCUCUACCAACGGGGCCGUGCGCCGGGCGUUCGUGUCGCGGGUGCCGUCCCUGGAGGGCGAGGUGCAGGAGCGCCUGGUGGGUAUUCAGCCCGACCAAGAUGAGUCUGAUGAGGAGGAUGGCGCUCCGGAGGUUGGAGCCGCGCAAGGUGCGGAUGGCUGGGAGUCGAUGGAUGAGGAUUGA